AUCCUUCCGCUUCCAACAAGGCAGAAGUGGAGCACAAAUAAAAACUAUUCGUUAUAAAAUGGAUGCAACGGAGGAUGUUACUCUUAACUUUGGCGAAGAAGACGAAAUUGACAGAAGACGGCACCUGAAACACCCUGUUGCCGUGUUCUUUCAUGUGAUGUUCCGGACCGCAGCUGUUCUGGCUUACUUAUUCUGCGGCUGGUUCAGCAAUAGCUUCAUCACCAAUUUUGUCCUCAUUGUCAUUCUGCUAUCCAUGGACUUCUGGACCGUCAAAAACAUCACAGGAAGAUUACUGGUUGGCCUAAGAUGGUGGAAUUAUGUUGAUGAUGACGGUGUUAGCCAUUGGGUAUAUGAAUCCCGGAAAGGUGUCCACCAGAAGAAGAUAACAGCUGCGGAGUCCAGGAUAUUUUGGCUUUCACUGGUGGCAUGUCAAGUCAUUUGGAUAGUUUUCUUCUUUGGAACAUUAUUUACUCUUAAUUUUAAAUGGUUUAUGGUUGUGUUAGUGGGGACAAUAAUGAAUGGAGCCAAUGUGUAUGGUUACAUUCGAUGUAAAUAUGGAUCAAAGAAGAAGCUGACAUCUGUUGCCACAGGAUUCCUUGGACGCCAGUUAUGGAAGUCGAUGACAACACCAGAGUCUGAGGAGCAGAGUAGCCAAAAAUAAUUAAGAGACAACCUUUAUGUGUAAAGUGACUUAAUCUACAAAUGGAUCCAUAAGUAGCCUAGCUUCAUCAUAUGUACCAGGGUGUGUAUGGUCAACAGGUUAACCACCAUGAUGUAGAUCGAUCAGACAUGGCAGAGCUGUUUAUCCUGGCACCAGAGUACCAAUACUUUGGGCUAUUCCAGUUAAUAUGUACCCCAUCCCAGGACUCCAGUUUUUGUUUAGGGGUACCACCUAUAGAACUUCUUUGGAUACUUUCCUUUAUUUGUAAUAGAAAUAAUAGGUAGGAAACCCAACCAUGGACAGAAACAUUCCAUUCUGGAGUCCAAGGGUCAGGUAGAUGUUUUAAUGGAAUAGCCCUUAAUGGGUUGGUGGAAAGAUCUGACAUUUGCGGGAACUUUUUAUUUAUUUGACUAUAUUAUUGAAUUCAAAUAUUAGUGGAUACAUGUUAUAAGUAAAUGUAUGUUUUAAUGUUGAUUUUAAGACAGAAAUGAAAUCAUUAUUAUCUAAGCCAAACAUUUAUAGAAUAUAGCAAUAUUUCUUUAAGCUGUGUGAACAUUGGUUGUGAAAGAGUAUUUUAGAUGUCUGAUACAUGUGUAAUUUGGUGAAGAUAUUCUUUCUAACUUUACUCCAAUGUAGGGACAUGUCUUUGUACUAAGUAAACAAUUAACUUAUUCUUUAUUAAUUGUAUAUACAUAAUGUAUGCAUAUAAUAUUUCAAGGUGAUGCAUUAUGACUAGUAUAACUACUUGUGUAAUAGAAUGAACCUGAAAUUUUAUUUUGAACUUGUGUCAUUCCAUAUAUUUACCCUAAUUUGUGUGUUGAAUUGAUUGUAUGUAACAGAUAUAAUUAAUUAAAUUUAAAUCACUGCUUCUGCUAGUGAUCAAACGUUGGACCUCUGGCUUAGUAGUCUUAACCUCAGACCAAUCAAGCUAAAGACAAGAUCUUUCUAGCAGAGCAGUAUAUUGCGGCUAGUAUUUACCAGGGUUACAUAUAUACUCCCCCUCCAGGAAAGAACUCCUCCUGGAGUUUUGAGGGGUUACAGCAAUGCUUUUGCAAAAGUAUAAUUCCUGUGUGCCUACAUGGGCGCCAAUGUAACAAGAGUGCGUGAUUAUUUAAAUUUAAAUCACUGCCUCCACUAGGAAUCAAACCUGGGCCUUCUGAUUUACUAGUUUUAUGCUCCACAGAUUGAGCUAAUGAGAAGAUCUCUUUGUCCGAGUGGUAUAUUUCAGCUAGUAUUUUACCAGGGUUAUAUGUAUAUUAAGACUUACAGUAGUGAUUACCUGAAUGAAGUUUGUGGAAGUAUGUGUGUUGAUCUUUGUUUUAUACAUGUAUGUGUGUAAUUAGCCUCUCACUUUCUUGGUGAAUACCCUUCCAGUAUGCUUUAAAAGGGAAAUCCCCACCAGCUGAAGCUAGUAAGACACGUUACUCUCAACUUUUAACUGUGUGUGUUAGGCCUUCAUGCAUGAAAUUGUAGUACAUGUAUAUGUGUUACCCAAAUGAGAUUUGUGGUAGCUGUAUGUUACAUAAAUGAGAUUUGUGGUAGGUGUAUGUUUGAAACAUGAAGGAUAUUGUUGUAGGUGUAUGUGUGUGCUACAUGAUAAAAGAUUUGUGGUAGGUGUAUGCAUGUAUUAUCCAAUUGAGAUUUGUGGUAGGUGUGUGUAUUUCCUGAGGUUUGUGGUAUGUGUGUGUAUUACCCGACUGAGAUUUUGUAUGUGUAUGUGUGUGUAUUACCAGACUGAGAUUUUCUAGGUGUAUGUGUGUUAUUCUUUGGUGACUGUUUUGAGAAGGAAAUAUAAUACCAAUACAGAAUGUACUACAAAA